AUGCUGAUUACUCUAGAAUGCGUUCUACUUGCGUUACAAGCGGUUGCUGCAGUUCGAAUUCCAUUAGAUUCGUCAACUGGAAUUGCCGGCCAAUCAAGCAAUAGGCUAUCGAAACGAUCACCCGUUGAAUUGGGUCUUGGUGCUAGCCGAUGUUUCGCGAUAAAAUCCAAUGUUUAUGGAGUUGAUUUGAAUUUACUAGUCGAUUCAUCAGUUUCCGAUAUAGUCGUACCACUUCCUAGUUCAAGCAACGAUGUAGGUUUGGCUAUACAAAGUAUUCCAGGUGGACAACCCGUUACUAUAAAUUACAAAGGCGAUGAGUAUAAUGGAAUUAGUUCCACAACCGCUGUGACGAUUCCGGGUACUAGGAUAACUGGAAUUGAUUUACCAGUAUUGGCAGUUCAAAAAAAGUCGGCAAGUCUAAUUGGUAUCAAUCCAAAGUUUGAUGGAGUAUUUGGAUUUGGUCACCCAUCGUUGUCAAAGCAUCAUUCACCAAUCACUGCGAUAAAUGUUUUGUAUAAUGAUGGUGUCAUUUCUAAAAACGAGGUUGGUCUUCAACUAUGUCCGUAUGAAAUGCUUUCAGAUAGCUUCAUCAAUAUAGGAAACACGGAUAUAACUGAAAAAUGCGGAACGAAUGGAAAAAGUAUUGCGUGGGUACAAUCGCCACCAAACAGUUACUCUACUGUCAACAUCAAGAGUAUACUAGUUAAUGGCGAAAAAGUGGAUCUGCCUGCUGGAUUCCAAAAAAAAGUGGAACAUGGACGUACUUUGUACUCGAGUUUGGAAACAUGUUCUACAUAUAUGCAUUUCCCUGAAACAGUCGUGGCAGCGUUGAUUAGUGCUAUUCUUGAUAAUGGUGCAAUCACUGUCAAAAGUAAUCUGUUUGAUGACCAGCUCAGUAAAGAAGAAAUUGAAAAAAUAUUUUUAAAACACUAUCUAAUGCCCACAUCCAACUACAAUAUCAAGUGGGACAGGAUGCCAACGCUUUCAAUUACAAUGCAUGCUGAAACUCCCGUAACUGUUGAAAAUCGCAAUUCCGUUGUAACAAUCAAAUUGGGUCCUAGAAGCUAUAUGCAGAGAUAUGAUUCUAAAAGAUUUGAAUUUGCUAUAGAAGUUGGUUCAGAUUAUUAUGCAGCUCUUGGUAUUCCAUUUAUGAACCAACUUGGAUUGACAUUUGAUCGAAGACAUGCACGCAUUGGGUUUGGUCCUGGAUGUGGAUGCGAAGCCGCGACUGAUGGAUAUCCCAGUAUUUCGACCGGUUAUCGAGUGCUCUGGCCAUUAACACAAUUGUCUGAACAACCAAGUACUUCAGGCUCAGGUGGUGCAUCUACUCGCAGGAGGAAACCAACAACUGCAGCUGAUCAAGCAGUCGUGUCUGAAGACACUCACGACACUGCCAAGAGUCACAAACAGACUCUCAAUAAACUCGACUGA